AACACAGUCUCUCUCUUCUCUACACACAGAAGAAAAACUCAAAAACCCUCGACAAAAUCCCCCUCUAGGGUUUCUGAUUUCACCAUCACAAACCAGCAAUCAUGUACAGAGCUUCAAGUUCUCGGCUCCGAGGAGCUCUCAAGGGUUACGGUCAGAAUAGGUUCGCGACAUCAGCUUCUGUAGCUUCAGCACCUUCUUCAGGAAGUUUCUUUAACUGGCUUACUGGAGAAAACUCUAAAACCCUACCUCCUCUUAAUUUCCCUUUACCUGGAGUUAUCAAUCCAUCUCCCUUACCUGAUUAUGUCAAACCAUCUGUGACUAAGAUGACAACGUUACCUAAUGGUGUACGCAUUGCAUCGCAGGAUUCUACGGGUCCUACUGCGUCGAUUGGAUUUUAUGUUGAUAGUGGUUCGAUUUAUGAGACACCGAGUACAUGUGGGUGUACACAUUUGUUAGAGAGUAUGGCGUUUAAGAGUACUGCGAACAGGAGUCAUUUGAGGGUUGUGAGAGAAGUGGAGGCAAUUGGUGGACAUGUGACUGCUUCGGCUUCUCGUGAGCAAAUGGGUUAUACUUAUGAUGCGUUGAAGACUUAUGCACCUCAGAUGGUGGAGUUGCUUGUGGAUUCUGUGAGAAACCCUGUGUUCCUUGAUUGGGAUCUCAAGGAACAGUUCGAUAAGGUGAAACAAGACAUUCAGGAACUUAAAAAUAAUCCUCAGGGGUUACUUUUGGAAGCGCUUCAUUCUACUGGAUACACUGGUGCACUUGCGAAUCCCCUUUUGGCUCCUGAAGAUGCAGUAGAUAGAUUAAAUGGAGAUCUCUUGGAGAAAUUUGCUGCUGAAAAUUACACAGCUCCUCGUAUUGUACUUUCUGCGUAUGGACUUGAUCACGAGGAGCUCUUAUCUAUUGCGGAGCCACUUCUAUCAGACCUUCCUGCGGUGCCUCAUCCAAUGAAGCCAAAAUCUGUUUAUAUUGGAGGAGAGUUUCGUUGUCAUGCUGAAACACCGACCACAGAUAUAGCUUUUGCUUUUGAAAUUCCCGGUGGCUGGCAAGCAGAAAAGGAGUGUAUGCAAUUGACUGUCCUUCAGUUUCUCAUGGGAGGUGGUGGCUCUUUCUCGCAAGGGGGUCCAGGGAAAGGAAUGUACUCACGAUUAUAUCGCCGUGUCCUAAAUAAACAUACAGAAACACAAUCAUUUACAGCAUUCAACGCCAUAUACGAUAGAAGUGGUCUUUUUGGCAUUCAUACUACAAUUGAUUCCGAGUAUGUUUUUCUAGCUGUGAAUUUGUUAGUAAGAGAAUUUCAGGAUGUUGCCACACCAGGAGAUGUGAAAGAGUGCGAACUAAACAGAGCAAAGGAGGCAGCUAAAUCUGCAGUCCUGAUGAAUAUGGAAUCAAGAACAGUUGCAUCAGAAGAUAUAGGGCGACAGAUAUUGACCUAUGGAGAGAGGAAACCUGUUGAAGAUUUCUUGAAUGCAAUAGACGCAGUUACCUUGGAUGAUAUUGCUUCCAUUGCCCAAAGGAUUAUUUCUUCUCCACUCACUAUGGCAGCACAUGGACAAGUUUCAAAACUUGAGAGCUAUGAUACCAUCUCAAGGCGCUUCAAUUGAUAUGAAAAAGGGUACACACUGAGAGAAGGCACUCUAGUCUUGAGCCACAAUGUUUUUCUAUUUCCUCAAUGUGUAGUCAUAAAAAACAAUCUUCUAAAUCUUGAUAUAUGUAGAAGGUAGUAAGACACUCAAUUUCUUUGUAUAUCCAAAAAUUCAUCCAAAUCUGUGACAAUAUCAUAGAGGGUUCUGAGAAGUGAAAGUUGUAGUAGUAGUGUCUAAAAUAUAAUGAUGUACUGACAAUGACAAGUAGUAAACUAAAUUAAGAAGUAGAAGAGAAAUAAA